AAGGCACUGAAUCGAAGUGCUAGAGGUGUCACUACAGACCCUGGUUUGAUUCCAGGCUGUAUCACAACCGGCUGUGAUUGGGAGUCCCAUAGGGCAGCGCACAAUUGGUCCAGCGUCGUUAGGGUUUGGCUGGGGUAGGCCGUCCAUUGUAAAAAACAUUUUGUUCUUAACUGACUUGCCUAAAAAAAUAAAGAAAUAACUGUAUCUUUAAGGCGAGAACGCGCAGGCGGCGUGCAAUCUGCAAAGCGUCCUUUUGGUUUCCAAGGGAACCCUCGAAGAGAUCGCGGAUAGUCGGGAAUUAGAUUUAGAUUCUUUGUAUGGUUCUCGGACAAUAUUUUAAACCGUUGAAUGUGAGAUUUAUCAUGACUCAAGACUUUUAACUAAUAUCCUCUUGACAACUAUUUACGGUGCUUUAGAGAUCAACUAUUGAAUGAGUGUAUAAGAAGUCUGCUGCUGGUAGAGAGAUGGAGAGUGACUCUCACACACUGCCACUCCUCCCUAUAUAUCUUCCUUAUCCUGCCACUCUCUACCACUGCCUGCCUUUCUCUUCCUCUCUUUUGCAAACUUCUUCCACUGUUCGUGUUUCACUCCCUCUGUCUCCUCUAUCGAUCCCACCAUCCCCUACUUCACUUUGUCCCACAGCCCCAGCUUCAAUUCACCUCAAGACUGAACCUCUCUCCCCUCUUUUACACACCUUGUCCCCACCUUUGUUUCUUGAUGGACAAAACUUACACUGCAUAAACUCUCUAACCACAUCUGAAGAAGAUGACUUGACCUGCCUCAACUGGCUGCAUCAAAGAGGCAACUUGCUUCCCCUGCAGCCCCUGCCCAAAACAACACCACUGCCUCAGCUGGAGCCCCAGGAUCCCAUACCUACCCCAAACCUUCCUCCCUCCCCAUCCAAGCCCCCUUACUCCUUUAGCAGUCUAAUCUUCAUGGCGAUAGAGGACUCGCCAGACAAGAGGCUCCCAGUAAAGGGCAUCUAUGAAUGGAUAGUGAACAGCUUCCCCUACUACAGAGCAGCACCUGGGGGAUGGAGAAACUCUGUUCGCCACAACCUGUCUCUGAGUAAGAGCUUCCGUCGGAUUCACAGGGACAAGAGCCAGUUGGUGGGGAAGGGCUCACUGUGGUGUGUGUGUCCAGAAUAUCGACAUGCUCUUCUGGAGGUGCUCAGGAAAGCACAUUAUUACCACGGCACCAACAGUAACUUACUAAACAACCCUGCGUUGUUGGAGGGAGCUGAUUACGAAGUAUCUAUGGUGUAUGACACUGUGGAGAUCUCAGAUUCCCUUUGUCAAACUCUCCUCCCCUCCUCCCCCUCUACCCGAGCCUUGACCUUAGACAACCCACCUCUCUCCUCAAAUCCACCUUGCCCUCUGACCCCUGACCAUGAGGAGAUGGUCAACAUGGAGGCAAUGGAAUAUGAGGAAGAGGUUGGUGAGGAGAUGGAGAAAGACCCCCUGUUAGACAGUGGCUACAUAGAGUUACACUACUACCAGUAUCACCAGUACCAGUAUCUGGUCCUGCCCGGGGACACUGAACUGGAUCUGGAGACCAUAGAGAUCCUGCAGCUGGAUGCUGAGGCCCAAGAGGCUGCUGGGUCACUUCUGGACCUGGCAGGGGGUGGACAUUAGACUGAUCUACAGAUAAGGACAUGCAGUGUGGUCUAAACAAAUUAACCAAUAGACUGAACUACACUGAUGUAAGGAGAUUAUGUGCAACCUGAGUAAUAUAAAUUGGCAAUACGUUGCUGUGUGCUGACAUUUUGACACUGCCUGAGAUUUGAUUUGCUGUCAUAAAGUGAUAUACUGUAGCUACUAUGAUUGCACAUCCAAGCCACCCUACCUGAUGCAUGUGAACACAUUUAAGCCACUCGCCACACGCAUUGACACAUACCAGACAUUGUCAUAUGCUUUUGGUAUAAAUUGAGGGAAACUACUGACACUGUACUGAUAAGAAUCAAUACCUCUAUAUUUUGAUGGAAUACUACAGAUGAAUGAUAACAUGAGAAAUCUACUGCCAAUUAAUCCACUUUCAGAUUCAGGGGAAAAAGGAAGUUAUGUUUGAUUCUGAAUCCUGAAUCUGAUUUUAUAAUAAUCUCUUUACCAGGUGCAUCUUUUAUUGAACACUUAUUAUUGUGCAGCAUUUAUUUUAUAGGCUAUGUCUAUGUUUAGAAAGAAACAUUAGACAUGUGUCAUUCAUUCAACUCUUUUUCAUUUCAUAAUUGUAUUAACAAUAAAGCACCAAAAUCUUAUAGGAAAUGUUCAUAUUUUUUUUGCAGGAAUGCAGUGUUCAAACGUUUUAUCAUGUACACCUUUUUCAAAUACUUUAUGGCAAUCUAUCAAGGAAUCAAAUAUUUAGAUAUUUUAUAUUUCUAAAGAUCUUUGCAUUCCUUGGAUUCAAUGUGCAGACUGACACCCUAAUUAGUGGGGAGACAUUUGACUGGAAAUAACAAGUAACCGAAAUAAAUGCACAUGUUUAUU